UAUCUGCUGAGAACAAUUCAGAACACUGAGGAGGCUUGAAUCUUAAAUAAGAUGCUUAUUGAGACAAAAAUAUUAUUACACAUUAUUGUUUUAAAUAUUAUUUUUAUUUUUUAAGAUCGUAAGAAAUUGAAUGUAAUUCAACAAUGAAACAAAGUAAUGUUGGUACCUCAAAAGCCCCCAGACUCUCGACGGUUCAAAUGCAACAAUCUUCAGAUCAGUGUUUUUUGCAUUGCGUUUUUGUCCUGAAAACAGUAUUUACUUGUAGUUUUUCGUUAAAUUUAGUGCAAAGACCUAAGCAAGGAGUGCUUUAAUUGCGUAUUUUUGUGUUUGUGUUUGAAAUAAGCUCCGAAAUGGCCACAAGCAGCACCGAUCAAGGCGAGGGGACUCCCAAAGCCAUUCUACAAUUAAAAAUAACUCUUAUGGGAAUCCGCCCCCCAAUCUGGCGCCGUAUUCAAGUUUGCAAUUCCGACACUUUUGAACAGCUCCAUGAAUACAUCCAACUCUUCAUGGGGUGGAGAGAGUGCCAUCUUCAUGAGUUUGAGACUGUUGAAAAUAUUCGCAUUGUGGAUGUUAAUUAUGAGAAUUUCUUGGAUUUCGAAUCUGAACAAGUUAUUAAAGAGGAUAAAGUGAAAUUAUCACAAUUUUUGAAGACUCCUAACGAUAGAGUCAAAUACAGUUAUGAUUUUGGCGAUAAUUGGGAGCAUCUUGUGGUUUUGGAGAAAAUAUUGCCAUUUAAGACCACUGUUUCUUAUCCUAAAUGCGUGGGAGGGCGACGUGCUUGUCCUCCAGAGGACUGUGGGGGCGUUUCGGGGUAUGCCCAGUUGCUGAAGGUUUUAGCCAAUCCUUCACAUCGGGAUUAUCAGGAAAGGAUCACCAAUUGGUUGGAUCAGUUUUAUCCGAACUUUGAUCCAGAGAGAUUUAAGGUGACUGAAUUCUUGUUGUAAGGACUUGACAAUGAAAGGUUUAGUUUUCUACGAAUCAAAGUUUUGUUACUUCUAGUUUAAGAAAUUAGUUUUUUAUUAUUUUUUUUGUGUUACUCAAUUUUUUAACAUAUUCACUUUUAUAUCUUUUUAAUAUUUUCGUUUUUGUGUUGCCAAAAAUUGACAAAAUUUAAUGUACUUUUAGUUUUCUGAGGCUUAGGGCUAGUUUCACCAACAUUUGUUAAAUUUAAUCAUCGAAGAAAUAGAUAGCAACCAUUGUUGUUAUCGUAGUAAUUUUUAAUUAAAUGUAACUCACGUUGGUGAAACUGGUUUUUUGAAUAGUUUGUUGAUUUUGGUUUAAGAAAUGUUUUUGAUAUUACUUAUUUUUUUAUUUUAUUUUGACUCUUGUAUUAGGUACUUCUGUUUAAUAAAUUUAAA